AUGAAGUCUUCUAAAGUCGACUUUUUGAGACGAUGUCUGCAAAUGAUUAAUGCUACUAUGACCAUAAAUCCGACAAUGAUUGAAAACGGCAGCGCAGAUAUCUCGUUGUACGCUUUUCUCCAAAAGCAUCCAAGAGAAGAAAAGGUGGCUUUCACGCAUCCUUUUGAUGUGGCUUACCUUGGAUAUUUUAUAAAGGAGAACACAGAGAUUAAAGUUGGCGAUUAUCUAUCUGAUGCAUUUGAUCCAACCGUAAGCAGUUGUAAUUUAGCAAAGUAG